CAUACACUAACAGACAAACAAACACAGUCUCUACAUUCCAUUUAGAAAAAAUACUUAAAAUUAAAAAAACUAUUAAAGAUGGAUUCCCAGGGUUUAUGUCCAUAUGGAAUAAAGAGCUUGAUAGAGUGUGUUUCCAGAGCGACACUCAUAGCACAACCAGGUGACAUUCCAAACUUUUUAGCUGAGUAUUUGUCAGAGCUGGUCAGCUUCAGAGACUCUAACCAUGAAACCAAUGUCAAAGACGUCUCCUUUCACUACGAGGAGCUAUGGGAGAAAAAGUUCUUCAGAAAUAUGAGGAAAACAACCUGGACCACAGAACAGUCUCCAAUCCCUUUCACUUCCAGUGAAGGAAGUGUAGCCAGUGACCCUCCCACUGACUCAAAACUGAUGACUCCUCUCAAAGUGAAGACACGUAAAAUGUCCCCUGUCAGAAUUCCGAGUCACAAGGAGAGUGUGGGAACAAUAGUUAAAUCGUCAGAAACAGACAGUAAGCCUUCUUCAUCUUCCAGUCAUUCAAGACUGAAACCACCUCCAGGGAGUACGGCACCACCGUCAAUGAAGCCUGUGCCACCUUCCUGUAAUGAAAGCGUAAAGACACAUAGAGUGGCCUCAGUAGGGGUUGUGAAGUGUCAGGAGAAUGAAAGAAGCACUGACUCAAAACAUCGACCCACAUUUUCCUCAUCUAAAGGCAUUUCAGCACUGGAAUCCAGUGUGGCCAGUAAAUCAUCUGCCCUUCUUAGCCAUCCUGUUGCAAUAGUAACACAGAGGCCUGCACUCCCACCUGUUUCACAGAAGAUAUCACUCAGUGUAUCUAGGCCAAAGAACACUACUGAACAUCAGGAAUCACAUAGCACCAGGACACAGCCUACAACAGCUAAGGCCCUGGGAACAGAGAGUACCACAACAGGGCCUACAAAACCUAAGGUUCCAAAACCAGAGAAGACAAGAGCACAGCCUACUAUAACAAAGGCUGCAGGAUCAGACAGUAAUAGGACACAGACUAAUGUCCCAGGACCAAGAAACACAAAUACACAGCCUCCAACAGCUAAACUCCAGAGACCCGAGAGGACCAGGACAUGGCCUAUAACACCUAUGGCCACAGGACCAGACAGUUCUAAAAUACAGACCACAACACCUAAUGUCCUAGGAUUAGAUAGCAAAAGCACACAGCCUACAACACCUAAGAUUCAGGACCAGAGAGGACCAGGACACUGCCUACACCACCCAAGGCCUCAAGAACACUGCCAAUGA